CACCAUUUUGAGAAGCUUCGAGUCACGCACCAUUUUAUGAUACACUGGAGGGGAAAAGCCUCUAUGCUUCGGAAAGCUUCAUUUCACCAUCACUAGCAGCAGGUGACGCAAAUCACGCAAUUUUGAAAUCCUCCGCAAGGCUUCCCAGCAAGACUGUCUCUUUAGACUUCGCUUCUUGGACUAUUGAGGCUGCGUGCAAGUCCUCGUUUUUAAGUCCGCGACCUUUAAGGUUGCAGCCCCUGAAUUGGGACACAGCUAUGUUUUAUAUCUUUAGCGGGCAAUUUCUUUAUGACUUUUCUGACCAGGAGCUUUGACUGUAACGUUAGUCAGGCAGCGGCCAUCUGCGGAAGUACUUUUGUAGACCAAUUUUAGAGAAUAACGUGUAUGUUAAAGACGGGGUAUGUUUGUACAUUGCAUUGAAAGGUACGACAGGCUUUCUUAUAAUUCGUAUAACUUCUUGUGUUCUCAAACUUGAGUGCAUUGUAUUUAGUCUUCGCAGGGGGUCAUUGACCGAGCAUAUGACGGCCAGUAUGUUCGGCUUCGGUCGCCUCUCCGCCGAGGGGAAAGUCGGAAUCGCGUCGGGGGUUGUGUUUUUCUCUAUGCUCAUAUCUAGAACACUCAUCUCAGAGCAGGUUGAUAAAAACACCCGUUUAAUGCUGUUUCGCGUUCAGUUCAUUCUCUUCAUUAACUCCCUUCUGCUUCUCGGCUCGCUUUACAUCUGGAAACGAGUGGUGAGAAGACUAUGCGGGACCAGAGCUCCACCUACUUUCCCGCAGAGAUGCUGGCGUCUUGUUGUUCUGCUGUUUCUUAUUCUCGUUCAUGGGAGUUACUUUAGUAUGUUUUUCCUCGUGGACAGGGAACCACAUUGGUUUUCAUUACUAAGUUUCUCCUGUUUGGGAAUUUAUGUAAUCCUGCUGUUCUUCCUGGUGGUUUUUGGGUGCUUAAAUCGCGUCCGCAGGCUUUUCUCACACAGCCAAGCCAUUGAAGAUGUGGUAGCUAGUGGACCCACCAGCCAGACAGUGUUGGCAUUAAUAAUAACAGCAAUAUUGGCAGUGUAUGGUUUGGUAAAUGCAGCGCAGCCUCCACGGGUGGUUGAGGUGGAGAUCCCAAUGGAGAAGCUUCCUGAGCCUUUGAGUGGACUCAAGUUGGUGCUUCUGUCAGACAUACAUCUGGGACCCACAAUAGGCUACUCCAAACUGCAGCAGAUCAUUACUAUGGUGAAUGAGCUGGAUCCAGAUGUGGUGGUCAUUGUGGGUGAUUUGACCGACUCACAGGUAACUCGACUGAGGAGCGCUGCAGAACCAUUGGGACAACUAAAGGUUCGACUGGGUUCCUAUUUCGCUACAGGCAAUCAUGACUACUACACUGCAGAUGUCGAAGGCUGGUUUGAGCUUUUGCGUUCAAUGGGCAUUCAGCCACUUCACAACAGCCAUGCAAAAGUGUUCCGCCCUGAACAACCUCAAGACUGGAUUUGCCUUGCGGGCAUCGAUGACCUGGAGGCCAGUAUGCUGCGAUACCCAGGGCAUGGCAUGGAUGUUGAGAAAGCUCUCAGUGGUUGCAGUGCAGAGAGCCCCAUUAUUCUUCUUGCACAUCAACCCCAUGCUGCCAAACAGGCUCUUCAGCAAAGGCCAGACAUCAGCUUGGUACUUUCAGGUCACACACAUGGUGGUCAGCUGUUCCCCCUCACCAUCCUGGCAUUUCUGGCAAAUCCAUUUUUCUGUGGACUCUACCGUGUCUCUGAACACACUAUGGUCUAUGUAACUCCUGGAACGGGUUAUUAUGGCAUUCCAAUGAGAAUUGCAAGUCAUUCAGAAAUCACAAGAAUUAUACUAAAACGUGCAUGAGACCACAAACUUAAAAUUGAACGCAGGGUUAAAAUUAAUAUUUUCCUGUGUACAAAUUCAUGACCUCAUUGCUGCAUAAUACUUUACACAAUUAUACAUUUGACAAAAAAAAUAA